CCAGAGAGACAGCAGCAGCAGCAGGAGGAGGAGGUGGAAGAGGUGGAGGAGUGGCACACACAGGUACACUGGAUAUUCUCGCUGGGUUUGAAGAGGGAGGAGAUGAAGGGGAGAAGCCUUGAGGACAGCAUGGCAACACAAACCUUAUAAAGACGGAGGCACACCCCGCCGGCAGCUUCAGUUCAGCUCUCCUCCCUGACGGCAGCGGCGGCAGCACCUCGCAGUAGUCAUGUUCAGCCUCAUGAAGUUACCACGAGUCUUCACCAUCAAUCAAGUGCCCAAAGUUUUCCACGAGGACGGCAUCAUCUCUGGCUACCGACACCCCCGCAGCUCAGCCACUGACUGCAUCCGGAGCCUCUUCCAGCUGACCAAUGAGACGGUCAACAUCUGGACCCACUUUGUCCCCACCUGGUACUUCCUAUGGAAAGUAGUGACGGUGGUGCUGAUGCAGACAGCAUGGCAGGACUCCUUCAUCUGGCCUCUGGUGAUCUUCCUGCUCUCCUGCUGCAUCUAUCCGCUGGCGUCGAGCUGUGCUCACACCUUCAGCAGCAUGUCGGCGCGGGCACGCCACAUCUGCUUCUUCUUUGACUAUGGCGCCCUCAGUUUCUACAGUCUGGGGUCAGCCAUCAUCUACUCAGCCUAUGUGUUCCCGGACAAGUGGGUGAACAGCUUUUUCCACCAGUGCUACGUCCCCAUCGCUGUGAUCAACACCGUCAUCUGCACCAGCUUGUCCUGCUACUCCAGGCUUGGCCUACCAUUUCUGCAAUAUAAUCAUGACAUCGUAAAGAGAUUCCCAGAGUGCCAGAGUCCAAAGUUCAGCAGAUACCUCCGUGUUGUUGCCUUUGCCUACCCUUACCUGUUCGACAACAUUCCUCUGUUCUACAGGGUGUUUCUGUGUGUAGGAGAGGGCUGUACAGACAAUGACACCAACAUCCUCCACUACAACCACAUCGCCUUUGCUUUCCUCACAGGCUUUCUGUUUGCCACACAUCUACCUGAGCGCCUGGCACCUGGCAGCUUCGACUACAUAGGUCACAGCCAUCAACUCUUCCAUGUGUGCGGCAUCCUGGCCACUCACUUCCAGAUGAAGGCCAUUGAACAGGACAUGGUGACACGGCGCCCCUGGCUCCUUGAACACUCCAUACCCAUCACCUUUGCCAACUCAGUGGGUGCAGCGCUGCUUUGUCUGGUGGUGAAUUUGACUAUCAUCGCCUUCUACAGUCUACCUCUCCUUUCUGCUCCAGUGUACAAAGGAAAGAAAAAAAUGAAAGGUCCAAAGAAAGCCUCAGCUAAGGUCGGCCCCUGCUGCUAAACCUCAGGCUUCAUAAGUCACAGCUGAGGGAUCCCAGCUGGUCACGAGACAUGUGAAAAGAGUGCAUUAUGGGUGAUGUUAAAGAACACUCCUGAGCUAUGAGGAGCAGACAUAAUGUAACUUGCAGUCUGCGCUAAACCCAAGGUGGUAUUCGGCCUUCAGACAUCACUGUGAUGGCUGCUGUUACACUGAAAAUAAGGGAGCAUGUUGCACAAACCUACGAUGGAAAUUUAACAAAAUGUUUGUUACCAUAAUAUAUAAUGAAUGUAAAUGUUUCUGAGGAAACUGUUUCAGUUGAUCAAUUCUCUAAUUUCAACACGUGGGGUAUGAAGAGACUGUCAGCUGCAGGGAACAAUAUGCAAAAUGCUAAUUUCACUGUCAUGUGUAUUUUAGACACUGCAACUUUUCAUAUUUCUUGUGCUUGUGCUUGUACACAGCCUUUUGGAUUGCAUCACUCACAUGAAACAUGUCAAGACAAAACAGACAGUUGUGACAAGGGAAGGAAAAUGUUUUGCUCUUGAGGAUGAGUUGCCUGUGAAGUAGCAACUUAAUGAAUUCAAAGUUUAGUUACUGUUAAUGUAAAAUAUGUAGCCUAACACAGAGUAAAUGUUUUCAGAGUAGUUUUUUUCCCUUCAUAUGAUUGCUGUUUCUGUUCCCGGAGAUGAGUGAGACAUGCCACAUUGUGCCUUUGAUGCAAAACUGAAAGUAUUUAUGUACAAUGUUAUUUAUUAUGAUUUUUU